AUGGAAUAUAUAGAAAAGAUAUAUAUUAAAAAUAAAUUAGAAUUGUCUGAGAAUUUUCACUACUUCUAUAAUUGGUUCAAAUUUAAUUUUGGUAUAUCUUUGAUAGUAAGUGAAAAUAGUAGUUUAAAGAAUAGUAUAAUAUUAGAAUUAGAAAAUAACAAAAAACUUAUAUUGAAUGAGAUAAAUAGUUGUGAAGCAAUAUUUCUGUUAAGUAGUAACAAUGAUGAUGAAGACUAUUAUAAUUUGUUAGAGAAAGAGGAAUUAAAAUAUUAUUUAAAAGAUUAUAUAUUAGGAAAAAAAAAAAUAAAUGAAGAUUUUUAUGAAAAAAUAGAAAACGAAAUGAUAAAUAAAAAGUUUUUUUUGAGCGAUAAGUUACAUUUUGUUGAUUUCUUAUUAUUUUGUGUAUUUAAAAAACAUAAAGUUGAGAAUAUAAAAGAAAAAUAUAUAAAUAUAAGUAAAUGGUUUUCAAAGAACAAUGUCAAUAUUAAAGAAGGUGAUAUUAGCUCUAUUACAAAUACAAAUUUUAUACAACAAAUAAUUGAAGAUGAUUUAAAAAAGAAAAAGCAUAUACAAGUAAUAACAAGAUUUCCACCAGAACCUAAUGGCUAUCUCCAUUUAGGUCAUGCAAAAAGUAUAUGCUUAAAUUUUGGAUUGUCAGAAAAAUAUGGAGGUAGAACACAUUUACGAUUUGAUGACACCAAUCCAGUUACUGAAGAAAUAAGAUAUAUAGAAUCAAUAAAAGAAGAUGUUAAAUGGUUAGGAUUUGAUUGGAAGGAACAUUUAUAUUUUGCAUCUGAUUAUUUUGAUCAAUUAUAUGAAUGGGCAGUUCAAUUAAUAAAACAAGGAGAUGCUUACGUUGAUGAUCAAACUAUUGAAGAAAUAAGGAAAACUAGAGGAAGUUUAAAAGUACCAGGAGUAAAUUCACCAUAUAGAAAUAGAUCAGUUGAAGAAAAUUUAGAACUUUUUGAAAAAAUGAAAAAGGGAGAAUAUAAAGAAGGAGAAAGAGUAUUAAGAGCAAAGAUAGAUAUGACUUCAGGAAAUAUAAAUAUGCGUGACCCCAUAUUAUAUAGGAUUAUGCAUAAAGUUCAUCCAAAAAGUAAAGACAAAUGGGUUAUAUAUCCAAUGUAUGAUUUUGCUCAUGGUCAAUCUGAUUCUAUUGAAAAAAUUACACAUUCUAUAUGUACCUUAGAAUUUGAAACACAUAGACCUUUAUAUGAAUGGUUUCAAGAAAAAUUAAAUAUUUUUAGAACAAGACAAAUUGAAUUUGCUCGUUUAAAUUUAACAUAUAUGGUUAUGAGCAAAAGAAAAUUAUUAACUUUAGUUAAUGAAAAAUGGGUGAAAGACUGGGACGAUCCACGUAUGCCAACUAUAUCUGGUAUGAGAAGAAGAGGAUAUAGCCCAGAAGCUAUAAAAGAUUUUUGCAGCAAAGUAGGAGUAGCUAAAAGAGAAAAUAUGAUAUCGUUUGAUUUGUUAGAGCUAUGUGCUAGAGAAGAUAUGAAUAAAAAAGCUAUACGACUAUUUGGUGUAUUAAAACCAUUAAAAGUUGUUAUAACAAAUUUUGAUGAAAAUUUAUAUAAGAAUUCUGAUUUUUAUGUGUUAACUGCUUUAAAUCAUCCUAGAAAUGAUAAUAUGGGUAGCAGAACCAUAACAUUUGAAAAGGAAAUUUUUAUUGAUGAAGAAGAUUUUCAAGAAUUUCCUUCAGAAGAUUUUUAUCGUUUGGCACCAAAGAGAACAGUUCGAUUAAGAUAUGCAUUUUGUAUUACAUGUAAUGAAGUAAUUAAAGAUGAAAAGAAUAAUAUUAUAGAAUUAAGAUGUACAUAUGAUCACAAUAGCAAAAGUGGGACUUCUGAAAAUUCUAAAAAAGUUAAAUCUACAAUCCAUUGGGUAUCAAAAAAAAAUUCAAUCUUAUCAGAAUUUAGAAUAUAUGAUAAACUAUUUACAAAGGCUAAUCCUGAAUCUAAUGAUGAUGAUUACGAUAUUGAAAAAUAUAUGAAUAAUUUUAUUUUUGAAUUAAAUGAUAAUAAUAAUACGAAUAAUAAUUCACUUGAUUAUUCUUCCGAUUUUCAGAAAGAUAAUGAUAAUAAUAAAGAAGAAAACAUUAAUGAUAUAAAUAAUGUCGGAUGGAGAAAAUAUAUAAAUAAAAAUUCUUUAGUAAUUCAUAAAGGAUUAGUAGAAAAAUAUUCCAUGAAUUGUAAAGUAGGAGAUCCAAUACAAUUUGAAAGAAUUGGAUAUUUUACAAAAGAUAAUGAUUCUACUGAUGAUUUACCUGUUUUCAAUUUAACAGUAGCUUUAGUUGAUAAUUUUUCAUUAAAAAAGAAAAAAGAUGAAUUGAUUAAAAAAGAGAUGGAUAAAAUUAAAAGAGAAAAAAUUGCUAACGAAAGAAGGUUAAAAAAGGAAGAAAAAAAAAUUAGAGAACAAAAGAAAAAGGAACAAGUAUGA